AUGAGCAGUAAAAUUUUUUCUUUGUUUUGUAAAAGGAAUGGGGGAUCAUUAUAUGGAAGGUUUUUAAAUGCAAAUAGUACGAAUAACUGUUGUUACGUAAAUACACGGGGAUAUAGUGAUAAUGUAAAAGAUCAUUUCCAUAAACCAAGAAAUGUUGGUUCUUUUGACAAAAAUGAAAAGAAUAUCGGUACAUCCAUAGUUGGGAAGGCAUCCUGUGGAGACGUUAUAAAAUUGCAAUUAAAAAUUGAAGACAAUGUAAUCAAAGACGCGCGUUUUAUGGCAUUUGGUUGUGGCUCGGCUAUUGCUAGUAGUUCAUAUGCAACAGAAUUAAUAAAAGGAAAAACGAUUGACGAAGCCUUAAAAAUUAAAAAUAAUGAUAUAGCCUCCCACUUGAGUUUACCACCUGUCAAAAUCCACUGUAGCUUAUUAGCUGAAGAUGCAAUAAAACAUGCUAUUAAAAAUUACAGAGAAAAAGUAAUAAGCUGA